AUGUCUACUAACCUUGCCUUCUGUGCAGAAGAAGAGGAGGACUGGCAGGAGUACGUCCGCGGAGGAUAUCAUCCCGUGCACAUAGGCGACAGCUUCUCCGAUGGGCGGUAUGUGGUCGUGCGGAAACUAGGAUGGGGGCAUUUCUCGACCGUGUGGCUGGCCAAGGACCAGAAGCUAAAUCGACACGUCGCGCUCAAAGUCGUCAAGUCCGCACCGCGAUACACAGAGACGGCGCUAGACGAGAUCAAGCUCUGCCAACGGCUGAUCAGCGCCGACCCCGCCCACCCAGGGCGAAACCACGUCAUUUCCUUCCUGGACCAUUUCCGGCAUCGCGGGCCGAACGGGACACACGUCUGUAUGGUCUUCGAGGUGCUUGGGGAGAACUUGCUUGGACUCAUCAAGCGCCAUCAGAAUAAGGGCGUGCCGCAUCAUAUGGUUAAGCAGAUUGCGAAGCAGAUCUUGCUCGGGUUGGACUAUAUGCACAGAAAGUGCGGGGUCAUACAUACCGAUCUUAAGCCGGAGAACGUCCUUGUCUGUAUCGAUAACGUCGAGGAAGUGAUCCGUGCCGAGUUGGAGAAUACGCCGACAGCCGUGCCGACAAAGCUUGUUGGUGUACCUCCUUCCCGCGGUAGAGGAGGAAAUCAGACCCCUCGCCCAGAAGGGAUCUUCAUCACUGGUUCCCAGCCACUGCCUUCUCCCAGCAGCGGCAGUUACUCGAGCCAGUCCCAGCUCGACAAGUUUAGCUUUGGGAUGUCCAGGAUUAGCGAUGGGGUUACCGCCCCCGGAAGUGCGCCAACCGCUGGAACGCGACCCUCCGCAGUGGGGAGAAAGACUGCAAGCGGUACAUCGAGCGGGACCGGCACGCCCGCUGAGCCGGCAGAGGACGCCCCGAGCUUCGAGAAGCAGAAGACGGCACACAAGCCCCCUCCCGGCCCUAGCUUGCUCUCCCAACAAGCGCAAGCCGCUGCUGCUGCUCUCCCCGUAGCCUCUACCUCCGCUGUUCCCCGCGCGCAUGUCGCUCCUGGUUCCGCGUCGUCUUCUCGCCCCGCGACGGCCGAACCGGGGAGCGCGAUGUCGAUCGAUUCUCCCGGUUUGGGGGGCUUGCAAAGCCCACCAACGCCGUUCGACGUCGGUUCCCUGCAGAGCUUCCGGAGCACAGGUAGCCUGCUCCCAGAAAGGAUCACGGUGAAGAUCGCGGAUCUGGGCAACGCUUGCUGGGUAGACCAUCAUUUUACGGACGAUAUACAGACGAGGCAGUAUCGUUGUCCGGAGGUGAUCCUGGGUGCGAGGUGGGGCACGAGCGCGGAUAUGUGGAGUGCGGCAUGCUUGAUAUUCGAGAUGAUCACCGGCGGGGACUAUCUCUUCGACCCAGCAGUCGGGAACAAGUACACGAAAGACGACGACCAUAUGGCGCAGAUCAUCGAGCUUCUUGGGGACGUCCCGCGCUCAGUGGCAUUUUCGGGGAAAUACAGUUCCGAGCUGUUCAAGCGGAAUGGGGAAUUGCGAAAUAUCCACAAGCUCAGGUUCUGGCCCCUCUCGGCUGUGCUGCACGAUAAGUACAUGCUGAGCAAGGAGGAGGCCGAGAGGAUCGGGGAUUUCUUGGGGCCUAUGUUGAGGUUGCACCCGGAUAAGAGGGGUAGUGCGGAGGAGAUGCUUGGCGGUGAAUGGCUGAAAGGGGUGGACGACGUGCUCCCUCUAGAGGCGGACGAGCUUAUGCCCGACAGGGAGGAGCUGAGCACGUAUUCCCUCGCUGCUGUACCGGUGCCUACGGGCGGGCAGAGGGAACCCUCAAGAGAGGAACAAGAGCAGAUCAUCGUCCGCAGCGCCCUGAAGCCUGUGGAUGAUGCGGAGGUACUCGAGCAGCCUGCGGAAGAGAGUUCGGGCUCGAGGAGCGGGGAAGGGGAGGAGGGGGCUGCUGGGGCGGCGGGGACGGCGGGGACAGCCGGUGUGGAUGGGAAAGGUGCUGCUCAGCGGGCGACUGUCGCGCCCCAGCGGACUAAUGCGACGGCGACUUCGGCGGCCGGGGGGAGUGCCCCUCUGAGUCCGGCGCCUGUAGCUGCGUCGGCAUCGACCUCUACUCCUGCGCCGUCCACCUCUGCCGCACCGAUAACCAACCGGCGGACGAGCGCUGUUUUUGCUCAGUAGUGGAUUUCUGCGCUCCGGGUUUGCGCUGCCCCAUUGAGGCAGUAGGGGACAUGAGGCAAGGGACAUGGAGCAAGACGCAAGGACGAAGACACUCUACUCUCAUAAUUCUCCUAAUCGCGAACUCUAGACCGGAGCUGGACUCCUGAUCGUGCCUUGCGCAGCGGCACGCUGGCACUGGACGACCAAUGUCUGCGCGCUUUCACCUAUCGAUAUCUAACUCUUCGUCCGCGCUCUUCUGCUCCUUGGACCAGUCUAUAGACUCCAAUUCUUCGUUCUUCAAUCUCUUGAUCCUUUUCUCUUGGUUCUCGUUGUGCACAAGAAAGGGUGUACUACUAGUGCAAUUUUUUUUCUCUUGUUGUUGUUUGUUGUCUUUCGGUUUGGGUUUGUAGCCUGACUGGGUGUAGACAGGAGGGGGUUGAGCGUGUAGGACAAAGGGGAAAGCAGUAACUGAUACCUAAU